AUGUCUCGACAUCGCAAUAUUCGUAAUAUGAAUUACGACGAGGAGCGAGAUGAUGAAGAUGAUGAAGAAUUCCAUCGAUACAGUAUCUCAACAGAUGAUGAAGUUGCUUCAGGUGCAGAAGAAUAUUUAUAUAAGCGAACGCAUACGAACUCUCUCAAUAAUAACAAGGCUGGUUGUUGCAUCGGAGAUUUCAUUCCGGAAGAAGGUCUUCCAGAAUUAAUGAAUGAUGUUGUCGAUGAUUCUGGAGAUUUUUGCUCCGCAGCAAUAAAUGUUGAGAGACUUCAUAGAGAUGAGUUAGCAGGAGACAGUGCGGCAAAAGAUCAUCAAUCAGUUAGAAGUAGAGUUAAAGAAAUUCAACUUCGGAAGCAGGUGAUAAAGCGGGAAGCAGAAAAAGUGGACACGAGAUAUCUCAAAUGGAGAACUUGCAACUGUCAGAAAACAAAGAAAAGAAAAAAAUCCUCGGACCAAGUAUUGAGAACAAGUGCUAGCAGCAAAAGACUGGCUGCUCUUGAUGCCGCAUUAAAUGCUGUUGUACAGCCAUCUAAAGUGAAGCAGCACUUUCAAGAAAAUAAGCCAAUGGUUAAUUUAGUCAUUGUUGGCCAUGUAGAUGCUGGUAAAAGUACACUAAUAGGACAUCUUCUAUAUCAAUUGGGUAGUGUUGAUGAACGGACUAUGCAUAAAUAUAAACAAGAAUCAGCUAAAACUGGCAAAGCAUCCUUUGCAUAUGCUUGGAUUCUUGACGAUACACAGGAAGAAAGGCAACGAGGUAUAACAAUGGAUAUUGCACGGACAACGUUCGAAACUGAGCAUCGGAAAAUUUUCGUUCUAGAUGCACCAGGUCAUAAGGAUUUCAUUCCCAACAUGAUUAUGGGUGCCGCUGAAGCAGAUGCUGGUAUAUUAGUUAUCAAUGCAACUCGUGGAGAAUUUGAAACUGGGUUUGAUCAGGGAGGUCAGACGAGGGAACAUGCUGUCUUACUCAGAUCUCUGGGAGUAGGUGAACUAAUAGUUGCCAUAAAUAAGAUGGAUACGGUGAACUGGUGUCAACAACGUUACGAUGAACUUUGUGCCACUUUAAAGGUUUUCCUUAGAAAGCAGGCUUCCUAUUCAGCAGUUAAAUUUGUUCCGCUUUCUGGAUUGGAUGGAACAAAUUUGACAAAAGCUCCACCUGAUGGUCACUCUUUGUGCACAUGGUAUCAAGGACCAACACUUUUGCAAGUAAUGGAUGAAAUGCAAGUUCCAGUACGGUCACAGGAUCGCCAUUUCCGAGCUGUUAUUAAUGAUAUAUACAAAGCCUCAACGUCAGCGCUUUCAGUAGGCAUCAAAAUUGAGGCUGGUUUUAUAGAAAAUGACGAGAAAGUGUACAUAAUGCCAAAUGCUGAUCCUGUAAUUGUUAAAGGGAUAGUUGUGGAGGCCAAUUCGAGGAAAGACAUUGGCUUUGCUGGCGAUCAAGCUACGGUGACUCUAACACCUGUUUUAAAUAUCGAACCCAAUUCCAUGAGCAUUGGAUACGUUCUUUGUCGUGGUGGACAAGAAUGUCUCAUCCCUGGAAAGAAAUAUCUGGUGCGUAUUGUUGUUUUCGAUAUUGUUAUUCCGAUCAUAAAAGGCACUAAAGCUGAACUUUUCGCACAUUCGUUGUGCGAACCUUGCACCAUCACAUUGUUGAAGGCAGAACUAAAUAAAUCUACAGGCGAAGUGAUAAGGCAAAAACCUAGAGCACUAACAAAACAUAUGAGUGGAACGAUUGAAAUUCAAACUGAACGAGCUGUGAGCUUAGAACGGUAUUCGGAAUGUAAAGCACUUGGUCGUGUGACACUUCGCUGUGUGGGACGAACUGUUGCAGCAGGCAUCAUUGAACAGAGAUUGGAUUAA